CCGCCGCCCCCGCAUGGAUCACGCCUCCGCCCUCGACGCCCGAGGCUGAGCGGGACCGAGCGAGCGAGCGAGCGGGCGGGCGGGCGGGCGGACGGAGGGAGGUCGCAGGGACGGAGGGAGGGAGGGAGCGACGGACGGGGCCUCCUCCCGAUGGGGGCGAAGGCGGGGGCCUGAGCCGAGCGGGGCCGGUCCUUGCGGGGCCCGGCGGGGGAUGGGGGCCUGAGCGGCGGGGCUCCGGCGGGGCGGGAGGCCGCGCGGACCAUGGGCCGGACCGGGCGGCGCCCGGCGGGACGCUGCUGGCUGCUGGGGCUGGCGCUGACCCUCUGCGGGCUGGACGCGCCGCUCGCCAAGACCCUGGAGCCCGUCGCUUGGAGCUCGCGCAACCCCAAAUUCCUGAGCGGGACGGGGCUGGUGAUCCACCCCGAGAUCGGGGACAAGCUGGACAUCACGUGCCCGCGGGCGGAGGCCGGCCGUCCGUACGAGUACUACAAGCUCUACCUGGUCCGGCGGGAGCAGGCGUCCACCUGCAGCACCGUCCUGGAUCCCAACGUGCUGGUCACCUGCAACCGUCCCGACACCGAGAUCCGCUUCACCAUCAAGUUCCAGGAGUUCAGCCCCAACUACAUGGGCCUGGAGUUCAAGCGCCAUCAGGACUAUUACAUUACCUCCACGUCUAACGGGAGCCUGGAGGGGCUGGAGAACCGCGAGGGCGGGGUCUGCCAAUCCCGCUCCAUGAAAAUCGUCAUGAAGGUCGGCCAGGACCCCAGCGGGGCCGGGCCGGAGCAGCCGGCCACCAGCCGGCCGAGCAAGGAGGCGGCCGAUAACACGGUCAGGGUGGCCACCCAGGCCCCCCGGGGGGCCCGGCCCGCCGGCGGCCCGGACGGCAAACACGAGACGGUCAACCAGGCGGGCGGCGCGGGCGGCGGGGCCGCCGACGGCUUCUUCGGCUCCAAGGUGGCCGUGUUCGCCGCCGUCGGGGCCGGCUGCGUCAUCUUCCUCCUCCUCAUCAUCUUCCUCACCGUGCUGCUGCUGAAGCUGCGGAAGCGCCACCGCAAACACAGCCAGGCCCGGGCGGCCGCCCUGUCCCUGCGCACGCUGGCCGGGCCCGGCCCCAAGGGCGGCGGGGGCACGGCGGGCACCGAGGCCAGCGACAUCAUCAUCCCCCUCCGGACUGCCGAGAACAACUACUGCCCUCACUACGAGAAGGUCAGCGGCGACUACGGCCACCCCGUCUACAUCGUCCAGGAGAUGCCCCCCCAGAGCCCCGCCAACAUCUACUACAAGGUCUGACCGGCCGCCGCCUCCUCCGGGGACGCCCGCCGGACGGCCCCGGCGGGCGUCCGCCCCCCGCCCGCU